UUCCAGUAUUUUUAGACCAGCAAAUAUGACACCUGAAGCUGCUCAAUUGUCCUCCUCGAUCCAACUUCUUCACUUAUGUUUAACAAUCUACAUUGACUCUAUGACUUUCUCUUUGUGUGAAUGUAUUCUGUACACACAUCAUCUAUAGUCUGUCCUGGGGAUCCCUCCACUGUUCUUUCUGAGGUUUCUUCCAUUUUAUUCCCUUUUUAAAAAUGUUUUUUCAUCGAGGGUCAGAGGUUGUUGAUGCUGCACAGAUUGUAAAGGCCCUUAAGGCAAAUUGUGAUUUGUGAUAUUGGGCUAUAAAAAUACACUUAAAUAUACAGUAUUUACCUACUAGAAUUGAAUUCAUGGCAGUGUGGAGAAGGCUUUGAGAAGGCAUUUAGACAAUAUAAUUAAACAGUUAAAUUUUUUAAAAUAAAAUAGGACAAAUCCAAAUAUAUUUGUUGUUUGUUGUUGGACUGGUGACCUCUGUAUUUCUAAAAAGUAAAGUAAGUAAAAAAAAAUAAAAAAAAAUCCUGCAUGUCAUUAAGAUAAUAACUGUAGUACUAGGAGUUAAUUGUGUACUUGAAAUAACGCACGUUUUCGCAUUGAACACACCCUUGUUCCGACGAAAAGACUUUGAUUGAUAGGCAAAAUAACCAAUCGCUGACCACAUGAUGUACCUCCUCUUGACCAAUAGUUAUUUAAGUAAGGGGCGGGCCAAUCAGGGACACCGGCACAUUAAUGCUCAGUACAUCUGUUAUCUUGAUUCCGUUGCACAUCGUCUGACAGUUUAUUUAUCGGGUAGAAACGGUUGAAAAACGUGUUGCCAUCGUAACUGGACGAAUAACCUGAAAUAGCCCUCUCCCCGUGCACUGUUAGAAAACAAAUGGACGCCUGUGCUGCCUUCAACGUCCAACAAUGAACGGAGGAAAAUGACUACACCCUACGCUUUACAUUUUCUGUUUUUGCUUACUGGUUUUUACUCAGCUCAAGGAUGGCAGGAAGCCCCGACCAUAAACGAGAUGAAGAGCGCCUCAGAGACCCAAUUGUUCGUUUCCACAGCUACUUGAAUGGAGGGACCUCCAGCUUGCUAUCCACCCUCAUCGUCUUCCCUGUCUACAAAACUGUUUUCCGUCAACAAAUCAACAACACCCCGCUUCACCAGGCAGUGGGACAGCUCUACAAAGAGGGACCUGUAAAGCUCUACAGGGGUGUGGCCCCACCAUUACUGAUGAGGACAGUGAAUGGCACUUUGCUCUUUGGUCUCCAGGACACCCUCCUCUGCCAGCUCUCCCUGUCAUCCCAAAAUGUCAUCUUUACCUCUGCCCUGCCUGCUCUGGCUGGGUUUGGUGCAGGUUUGGUAGAAGCUGUGAUUUCUACCCCCUUAGAGCGCGUCCAGAAUGUGUUGCAAAACAGCCAAAACGACCGUCAUCUACCCACCCUGAAGAGUGUUCUUGUCAGGCUCAAGGCACAGAGGCCGGCCGUAGGGUACUACAGAGCUUUCCUGCCCAUCACAGCCCGCAACACUCUUGGCAGCUCCCUCUACUUUGGCCUGAAGGGGCCCGUGUGUGCUGUCGUGGCAGUACAGGGGCUCUCUCCAAUGGUCUCCUCCUUCAUCUCAGGAACCCUGACCUCCAUGGCAAUCAGCUUGGCUCUUUACCCACUGUCUGUGCUAGUGGCAAACAUGCAGGCACAGGUGGGAGGGGAGGUGAAAGGGGUCAUGGCUUGUUGGAAGAUGCUGUGGAAAUCUCGGCAGCAGAGUGUGGCUCUGCUGUACCGAGGAGGUUCUCUGGUUAUUUUGAGAUCAUGCAUUACAUGGGGACUCACCACUGCUAUCUAUGACAGGCAGAAGAAACGUUCAGACUGAGGAGGCAACAAUAAAAAUUGUUGGUUUUAUUGUUUGUAUUAUUUAUAAUCCAGAAAACGGUGCAUGACAUGCUAAAAUAGUAUUUAUUUAUUUAUUUUGCCCCUUGUGUUGUAUUCUUUAUCACUGCCAACUCUCACCAUUUUCCUGGUGAGUGAACAGCCAUGUUGCUCUUUCAAUGCACAUUCGUGUGCAAACAAACAAGGGGCUUCGCCCCCCAGAUCCCAGCCCUCUUUCGUGCAGGUGCCCUAACCAUUAGGCCUUUUUCACAGCAGACAUUUUUACUUGUCAUCGUAGGAAAAGCACAGGUGUUACUAAUAACAUUAACGAUGGCUCUGUUCUAUUCAUGUGUCCCAGUAAGCCGUGACAGUGAGCCAGCAUGCACAGUACCAGGACUCUGAAACUGAAGCAGCUAAAUGGAAUUCAGCCGUCAUUAGGGGCCGGGCAGCUAGGCUGCCAGACCAUCUUGGAAUUGCCAUAAUGUUAUCAUUAUUAUUAGUAGUAUUAUUAUUAUUCCUAGGAAAUGUGCCUUCUCAUGCGUAAAAAUAAACAAAAUUUUGCACAUAGGUCCAGUCCUAUGCCAAAUGUCCUCAACCGGCAUUGUGGGCCAAUAGUCCUGAUGGUGGCGCUACAGCAACCGUCUAAAGUUUAAAACUUCGUAAAAUUCAUAACAAAUCAGUCGUACGUGCUACCACUUUGCAACUUUCACCAAAAUGUAUGCCCAGUUGAGCAGAAUAGUUCACAUGCUUUGAUCUGGCAGCAAUUAUGAAGUCCAUCACUCUGUUUUUCUCAAACAAUAAAACUAAUUAAACCUAUCUCCUCCCACAUUUUUUACGCAGUCAACAACAAACUUGCCACACUGCAUCUUCAGACAGUCCUCCAGAUCCAGCCAGAUUUUUGAAAUAUCAAAAAUUGAGCCCACAGUGCAUCAAAAUGUUUUACAGUAAACAGUAUGAUACUGCUACUGCAAAUUCUCAAUAAAAUAAAUCUCUGAUGUUUAUGGGGAAAAAAACUACAAAGUUUUGUAGUUAAUAAAUUGUAGUUAGUAAAUUUCAGAAUUGUAUCGCAAAAACUGAAUUUUUGACAGUAUUUUGAAUUCUAUCGUCAUGUAAACCAUUGCAGUCAAUGGAAAAAGAGCAUCUUUAAACAUCAGUUUGUCAUUUAUGGAGCAAUCAAUCUGCCUUUAAGGUGUUAUACCAACCCUGGUGGUUGCAUAAGUCUUAGUGUGAAGCCACCUCCAAUUUUCCUGUUUCUGGGGUAGCUCUGCACAGCAGCUAUAAUUCAUUUUAUUAUUUACACCUGUGCUUUUCCACUGUGACAUGUCAAAAUGUCUUCAGUGAAAAAAGCCUAUUCAUUGGAAUCGCUAGUGCAGCCACAAGGACAUGAUCCAUCACCUGGUCCAUACCAACAAACACUGCCAAUUGUGUGUCAGAAUGCACAAGCAAGGUGAAGGCACCACUGCCAGGACUUGAAUCCCAGUCUCUGAGGUGGUGGGCAACUAUUUAUUAUGAACCAAAGUAGUUGGUGCACUUGAAAUAUAUAAAUAUGGUGAAUCACAGGUGCCUUGUAUUUUGUCUUAAAGGGGAACUUUUACUCAUCAAAGUCACUUUACUCAUCAUGGGAAGUACUCAACCUGUGAAAACAGUCCUAAAGGACACAUGUCCUUUGUGGCUCUUGAGGAGCUUUGCUUUUUUCAAGUAUUUUGGGCAUUUAGUAACAUAGUAGAAGGAAGAAAUGACAGGAAAUGAGGGGGAAGAAAUGGGGGAAUGACAUCCAACAAAGGUCACCAGCCUACCUGAACCACUUGACGUAAAUCAGUCCUAGUCAUCUGGACACUGUUUUCAGAAUCAAGACGUUUCGGCUCCCAUCCGGAAGUCAUUCUCAAUUGUGAAAAAAUGGGACGGGAACUAGAAAUUUAAGCUAUUCUGUUACAUAAGCCCUGCCCCUCAGGAAGGAGUCUACCUGAGUAUCUGUUGAUUAGCUAGUUUCACCUGAAACUGACCUAAUUGUUUCCAUGAUGGCCCAGUAAUCAGUAAUCAGGCCUAUUGUUUUCUGGCUGCACCUCCCUCAUCACUGUUAAGUGCCUGAUUAGCAUAUGAUUGACGUGACCAAGGUGCUAAUACACUGUGAUAGACUUUGGGCAGAUUGAAUCUCAGACCACCAUUUCUGUUCAAAGAUGGGUUUUCUUUUUUCACAAAAAUGGCUUCCUUGACACCCCGUUCAAACCAACUCUUCUCUCUACUUAGAAUCUUCCCCUCGCUGUCCUCAAAUGUGUGGUUUGUAGCUUUUAGAUGCAAAUGCACAGUGCUCUGCAAUCCUGAGUUAACGUGUCGUCUGUGCACUUGACAUAAAGGCGAGCUGCUGUAACAAAAGAGUUUCCCCUCGGGGAUCAAUACAGUAUUUCUGAUUCUGAUGUUGCGUAACGGGACCAGCAACUUAGAUCCAUCCUCCAGGAUGCCCAUGGAGUUUUCUCAACUCUGAUGAUCCUAUCAGGGUUGGAGACUGCAUAACAUAAAGCUUGCAUUACAAAGUGGAUGGCUAUUUACCAGGCAAGGGGGUCUAAUAAAAUUAGUUUAAUUAUGGGAAAAGUGGGAUCCAUACAUUUUGGGGCUCGACCCAUAUUAGGGACUAAAGGUCAGAAUAUCUCAGCCUCUGCUGCCUUGAUUUUGACCAUCUGUGUCCUGGAAGUCCCCCAAAUUCAUGAAAGUGCAAUACUAAAUCACUGGGGUUCCCCUUUAAGUGCAUAAAGGAGCUGGAUGCAUGUUCACGGUGUAUUGUCAAUAUCUUGUUUAAUUUUCUGUAUGAUAUAGAUAUUCCGUAUGAAUUAAAGGACUGGAACAAAUAAGACAAGACACAGUGGCUCAGUGGUCAGCACUGUUGCCUCACAGCAAGAGGGUCCUGAGCAAGAAUCUGGGGCCUUUUUGUGUGGAGUUUGCAUGUUCUCCCCAUGUCUGCAUGGGUGUCCAGACAUGCAGGUUACGUUAUUAGGAAACUAAAUUGUUAUGUAGCACUGUAAUACACUGUCAACCCAUCCGGGGUGUACCCUGCCGCUCACCAAGUGUGUGGGACAGGCUCCAGCCCCUGUUGCAAUCAGAGUAAGCCAAUGGAUGGAAUAAAUUGUUGAUUAACAAUGUAGCCCAUGAAAUAUAACUGUCUGUUUAACUGUGAAAGAAAAAUGUCAACUGCCUGUCUGUAACCUCAACAUAUAACUGUGAGAUCAACACAUAACAUUAUAAUGAUAUUUAUUACAGAAUAAAGACUUUUUCCCCUCAAA